AUGGCCAAUCAGGGCUUCCGUAUCUAUUGCGUCACCCCUCCCCCUGGGUGUGACGUCAAAGGCAAUCCCAGCGCAGACACAGGCGCGCGGUGUCCCCGAGUCCAAACGCUCGGCGCGGACGUUUGGGGGCUGGAGAGCGAGGCGCUGGGGGAAACUGGCCCCCAAGGCUGUGUAUCAGGACCCGGGUCUUGCAAGCCCUCGUCCCCAGGCACCGCCCCUGUGCUCCCAGCGCCUCUUCGCAGCCUCAGGUAUCCUUUCAGCGCCGUUCUCCCGCGGCUGCGUUUCCGUGGCCAGAGGAAAAAGGCUUUCUCGCCUCGCGCCUCUGGCUUCCCUCCCACCUCCACCCCAGCUCCCGUGGGCCCCUCGCCUCCUUCCCGGGCUGGGCGCUCGAGAAGGCGCCCCCAGAUCUGCCACCGGGCAGUGUCCCCAGCUGCAGCUGAGGAGGGAAGCGCCGGCGUGCGCGGUGCCACGUCGGAAUUGGCUCUGGGGACGUUGCAGCUGCUAAAGCGCUGCACGCGGUCCCCUAGCACGCCCUGCCCCCGGGCGGCCGGCGGACCGGCCCUGCGCGGAGAGGAGGGAUGCGCGCCCUCCUUCCGCUCCCAGCUGCGAGUGUCACCGCCUGCAUCAGGGACCCCGGCCCGAGAGCCCCUCUGUUGCUCCGGAAGAUGCAAAAUGGAAAAGUCCAUCUGGGGACGUGCCGCCUUCCCCAGGCAGAGAGGUUACCUGUGUCCCCAGAAAGGAAGCGGAUUUCUGGCGAGAACCACAGAGAUGGGAAAAGAGGGCUCUGUUGCUAAGCCUGGCAGUGACCUGAAAUAUUCCCUGAUCUUCAGUCUUGGAAAUUUUUAAAACUCCACAUUUUCCAAAAAUUUCAAAACACUUAUAUGGAUAAUUUCUUCCUUCCCCCUGGCCUAUUUGAGGACCUUCGUCGUUCACCAAAUCGCGCCAGUGUAACGUACCUUGUUCAGCUCUUGGUCAUAAAGUCGUCCUCAGCCUGUCUGUGUGGUCCCGGAGGGUCGGUGGCGGACAGUUUCCAAAAUUGAGGUAAUAAGAGAUUAGAUGAAUUUGAGACGACCGGCCAAAAAAAAUAAGAAAUUUAAAAGCAACAUUUAAACAGGAUAGGGAAGUCUUAAAUGUUUGAUUCUCCCCCACUUUAAAAAGUAAUUUCACUAAUAUUCUCUUUAUUUUUUUUUUGUUGCACUUCAGUCUUCUAAUUCUUAAAAAAAAUUA